AUGAUCUACGGGUAUAACUCCAAGCUAUCGAGCCACGGAGUCGACAAGAUCCUCAACUACGGACGAGAGCUGAUGGAAGAGAUUAAGAAGAUUUGGAACACGAAAGAUCUCCAGCAAAGACCUCUAAUAUUUAUCGCACAUAGCUUUGGAGGCAUCAUCUUGGCUCAUUGCCUAGUAAAAGCCAUUCAGACGAUGAAAGGAGACCAUCCGGCGAUCGCGUCGCUAUAUCAGGCCACUUACUGCAUGAUCCUCUUCGCCAUCCCACAUAAAGGAUUAGUGAUAGACGAUAUCCAGCAGAUGCUAAUAGAGAAUAAAAACCAUCCGCGAGGUCAUCUACUACAACAAAUUUCUAUUAAAUCGGACCUACUGAUCCACCAGCUAGCUGAUUUCAAGAAUCUGAUCCGAGACCGUAAGGUGGUCAGCUUCUAUGAGACGGAGCAGACUAGGCGGCUAGAAUUAUUAGCACAGACUCAGCGCUUCUCCAGCUGCCCGGUGCCGCUACAUGCAGAUCACUCAAUGUUGGUCAAAUUUGACACGCGCAACGCGGCUGGGUAUCAAACGGCGCUCAACAAGCUACAGCAGUUCUUAAAGGACGCGCCAUUAGUGGUUGCAGCGCGAUUUAUGCAGACGUGUACGAAGCCCCAGCCGUGCUCCACGGUGCCUUUUAAGAAGGACCCGAUGUUUAUAGGCCGCGAAGCUGUUAUCAGUGCGAUUAAGAACAGACAUAAAGCUAUUGGCCAGAGUCAUGAGCGGGUAGCAUUAGUAGGGUUAGCCGGUGUUAGAAAAACCCAGACAGCUAUUGAGUAUUCUUAUCGCGUGCGAGAAUCAACUCCGGACAUAUGGGUUUUUUGGAUCCACGCUAGUAAUGCGGCGCGAUUAGAACAGGGCUACCAGCAGAUUGCCGUAGUCGCGGAGAUUCCGGGACGGGACGAUCUAAAGACGAACAUCUUCCAGCUCGUAUAUCAGUGGUUAUGUGACACACGUAAUGGGCGCUGGAUAAUGGUGCUAGAUAAUGCGGAUGAUAAUAGUAUCUUUUUUAGUAGUAACACAUGCGACGAACGAGGGCGGCUAGUGAGAUUUCUACCCCGGGUUACCCAUGGAUCUCUGCUGAUCACAUCGCGAAAUACUCUUACAGCACGGAAUUUGGUAGGGAGCGAUGGUGAUGUGAUUGAGGUUCAGCCAAUGAACGAGGAAGAGUCCCUUGCCCUAUUACGGGCAAGGAUUCCGACCCCCCAACCUGGAGGGUCUAUAGAGGAUGAGAAGGCACUAGUAGAGGCACUAGAAUAUAUUCCGCUAGCAAUAACUCAAGCGGGGUCCUAUAUUGCUAACCAGUUACCCCUUCUUACCAUCUCCUCUUACCUCCAACUUUUCCAUGAAAGCGAGUCGAAGCAGACUCGCCUUCUACAGAAUGAGGAUUCCGCGGAUCUCCGCCGCGAUUCUAGCAUUCGAUAUAUGGUAAUUACAACUUGGCAGCUAUCGUUUGAACAAAUCCUUAUAGAUCACCCAGAAGCGACAGAUCUCCUAUCAUUAUUGAGUAUGUUUGAUCGGCAGGGAAUCCCCGAAGAUCUAGUGCGCGACUCUUAUGAAGAUAUCCUGGACUUUCACGAUGCACUAGCACCGCUGCUUAGCUAUUUUUUGAUCAGACUGCAAGUGAAUGAACGGUCAUUUGAUAUGCACCGCCUAGUGCAAUUAUCGACAUGCACCAGCAGCUCCAAGCCUGGCAAGCCUGUUCACGACGUAUUAUGGCACGCAUGUUUCCAAGUGGCGAAUACGAAAGCUGGACACAAUUUCGAUUACUCCUCGUGCAUGCUUAAAGGUGUGCUGAACUCUAUAUACGAGGAAGAUUUUGAAGAUAAAAUAAAUGUCGCCAAGCUCUCUUUCAAUUGUGGUGUGCUUCUAUAUCAUGAAAGAGCUUAUGACGAGGCAGAAGCGAUGCAUCGACAGGCGUUAGAAGCAAAAGGAAAAGUGAUUGGAUAUAACUAUCCCUCCACGCUCGGCAGUGCCAGUACCCUUGGCUAUGUGCUUUCCAAGCAAGGGAAAUAUGAAGAAGCAGAAGCGAUGAAUCGGCGGGCUUUGGAAGCAAACGAGAAGGCACUUGGACACAAUCAUCCCUCUACGCUCAUCAGUGUCAAUAGCCUUGGCCUAGUGCUUUAUCACCAAGGAAAAAACGAAGAAGCAGAAGCAAUGCAUCGACGGGCGUUAGAAGCAGCCGAGAAGGUCCUUGGACGCGAGCAUCUUGACACGCUCACCCAUGUUUAUAACCUUGCAUUAGUGCUUAAUAGUCAAGGCAAAUAUGAAGAGGCGGAAACGAUGUAUCGACGGGCGCUGGAAGCAAGUGAAAAGGCACUUGGACACAACCAUCCUACUACGCUCAGUAGUAUUAGUGACCUUGGUUCAGUGCUCUUUAAGCAUGGUAAAUAUCAAGAGGCGGAAGCGAUGCAUCGACAGACGUUAAAAGCACGAGAAAAGGUGCUUGGACGUGACCAUCCAAACACACUCACUAGUGUUAAUGAGCUUGGCAAAGUUCUUGAAAGCCAAGGGAAAUAUGAAGAGGCGGAAACGAUGUAUCGGCGGGCGUUGAAAGCAAGAGAGAAGGGACGAAAGGCGAGCAACUAA